AUGGGGCUGACCGAAGCUCUGUUCGAGGCUCCGCUGCAGCGGCUCGCGGGCCGCUUUGUCCCCGGACCAUUGCCCCCGGCCGGCACCUUUGACGGGCAGACAGUCCUCAUCGUCGGAGCCACCUCCGGCCUCGGCCGAGCCGCCGCCGUGCACUUUGCGACCCUUGGCGCCAACAUCAUCAUCACAUCUCGCGUUGCGUCUCGUGCUGAUGCCGCAAAACGGCACAUCGAAGAGGCCGCGGGGCCUUCUCGUAAAGGGACCAUCUCGUGUCUAGAGCUAGACCUGGAACGCUACGGCUCGUGCACCAGUUUCAUGGCCAAGCUCAAGAGCAACCUCCCCGGCCCUGCCGCCCUGGACGUCGCUAUUGUAAACGGCGGCAUCGUCAAUUCUCACUGGGAGCAGAGUUCACACGGAUGGGAGAAAACAAUUCAAAUCAACACCAUCGGCACGACACUCAUGGGCCUGCUCCUGCUGGGGUGGAUGCGCGGAGCCCGGGACCAACGGGCGUCACCGGCCCAUCUCGUCUUCGUCAGCUCGCGCGAGUGUUUCGAUCCCGACAUCGACCAACUAGCCAAGUGGUCGCAACAGAGGGGCGGGAUUCUGCGACAGGUGUCCAGCAAGGAAAACUGGCCGAGCCAUUGGUGGGAUGCGGAACCCAACUACGCCAUCAGCAAGAUGCUGCUCGUGUUUGCCAUUGAAGAGAUUAGCAAACUGGCCAGGGGGCCGGAUGGAGACCCUCUCGUCAUCGUCAACCACCUGUGUCCCGGCAUGGUCAAAACCGACAUCGGCCAACACAUUGCCUCGAGAUCGUGGUUUCAUGCGCUGUGUACUUGGAUAGUCCUGCUCAUAACCGCCAAAUCAUCCGACUCGGGGGCCAGGAUCCUCGUCAUGGCCGCCCAGAAGUCAAAGGAGACUCAUGUGCGUGAUGGCUUUCCUAUGCAGUGGACUAACAUACUGACCAUGGGCUACGACAGGGGGAGUAUUUGA